AUGUGGAUUUUUAGCAGGAAAGGGCCAUCUGGGUUCUCAGCCUCUUCCACAGCUGAGGAAGUUACCAAAGGAAUUGAUGGAACUGGUCUUACUGCUAUUGUCACAGGAGCAUCAAGUGGUCUUGGUGCAGAGACAACACGUGUUCUUACGUUGCGUGGCGUCCAUGUUAUUAUGGCUGUAAGGAACACUGAUGCUGGUAAGAAUGUCAAAGAACAAAUACUAAAGGAAAACCCCAAUGCUAAAAUUGAUGUCAUGGAGUUAGAUCUUACCUCAAUGGGAUCCGUGAGGAAAUUUGCAUCAGAUUAUAAUGCUUCAGGUCUUCCACUGAAUCUCCUCAUUAACAAUGCAGGGGUGAUGGCAACUCCAUUCAAGCUUUCCCAGGACAACAUAGAAUUGCAGUUUGCAACCAACCAUUUAGGCCAUUUUCUUCUGACAAACCAUCUAUUGGAGACCAUGAAAAAAACGGCUCGUGACAGCAACAAGGAGGGAAGAAUUGUUAAUUUAUCAUCGAUGGCUCACCAAUAUGCGUAUCGUGAAGGGAUUCGUUUUGAUAAGAUCAAUGAUGAAUCAGGAUACAACAGUAUCAAUGCAUAUGGACAAUCAAAGCUCGCCAACAUUUUGCACGCUAAUGAGCUUGCAAAGCGCUUGAAGGAAGAAGGGGUAGACAUAACUGCUAAUUCCCUUCAUCCAGGAAUGAUUGCUACAAAUCUUCUGCGUUACCACAGUAUCAUGAAUGUUCUUGCUAAUACGCUUGGUAAGUAUGUGCUGAAAAAUGUUCAUCAGGGAGCAGCAACUCAAUGCUAUGUGGCAUUGCAUCCUCAAGUUAAAGGAAUAAGUGGUGAAUAUUUCAUGGAUAGUAAUAAAGCAAAAGCAAACUAUAACGCUCAAGAUGCAGAAUUGGCAAAGAAAUUAUGGGACUUCAACUUGAGCAUGACCAAUCUUCCUUGA